GAAAACAAAUCUCGACGAAAGGCCAUAAAAAAAAAAAAAAAAUUAAAACUUUAUUUUGCUUUCUCUCAUUGAAGAAUUUGAGAAGAAGCUCCCCCACACGAUUGUUUCCUCUUUGGCUCUCUCGUUCGAUAUCUUCUGGAUCCCUUUUCCCGAUUCGCCGUCCGGUAAGACCUUCCGGCAUCUGUAACAAUCGGCGGAGAAAGGAAGGAGUUCAAAACUCUUCCCUGGAAUUCAUUUUUUUUUUUUUAAGGGUUUUCCAGAUCUGAUUUGAUAUCAUCCAAGAUUCUCUCUUUCUUUGAUUUGAUCUGAUUGUUUUUUUUUUGAUUCGGUAAUUGAAGAAUACUCAUCAUCUCCGUUAUCGCUUUUCGUAUCUUGGGGUGUUUUUGAUUUGUGACGAUAUUGGUGAUUUGGGGGGUUCUCUUUAUUUUGGUGAAUUUUUUCUUUUUCGAUUGUUCAUUGAGAAGAAAAUUCUGGUUAUUUAAUUACGAUGGCGGCAGGAGGAGUUGAGGUUUCGAGAAGUUCUGUUGCUGUUGUUGUUGAUCGUACUCGUGGUUUUAAUUCACGUCAAGGUGGUGGUGGUGGUGGUGGUAGAGACGCUGAGAGGCGUCAUCAAACUAAAAGACCCAUUGAAGCAGAUGAUGAUCGCAGGUGGAGAGAUGGGCGACGUGGUGACUCUCAGAAAGGACCACGCUUGGUUUCUCAAAGAGGAGAGGCUCGAGAGGAGUAUCGUGUUCAGAAGAGGAGAAAGUGUUCUCCUUUCGCGUCGGAGAUAGAAGAUCAUAAAGUGGUUCGAGCUCCACUUUGUGAGAAGGUUAUUAUAACUAACCAGUUUGUUGAUGUGACUGCUGCUACCGGGACGAUAUCUUCUGAGGAUCAUCAGGGCAGUGUUUUGUCACCUGAGUUUGUAUCUACAGUGUCAGUUCUGCCGGUAGAAGCUCAAUUGGAUGGGCAACAUCCGUUUGAUGAUCUUGAGGAGGGCCAGUUGGAGGAUGAGCAGCAGGUGGUUCAGGCACCUAAUAUUGCAACGUCUAAGUGGGCCACGUGUUUGGAAUCUCCAAAGGAUGUAAUAACUGAUGUUGUCAAGAAUAGUAGAUGGAACAGGAGCAGUUUGUCUCCUGAGAGCGGGGAAUUGUUAUCGGAAGGAAGGAGAUCCACUCAAUCUGGGUCUGGUAGCGGACGUCGCAGCGUAGAACCCACUAGUGCCCAUGAACAUUCAGAGCAUGAGUUGGGGAGUCGUAUUGAUAUUGGUGUUGGUGAAGCAGAAUGUUCUACUUCUGGUUUUACUGAGUCAGAAAUUGAUGAACCAGCUUCCUCUGAGAUAGGCUUGAGCAUGUUAGCUGGUAGUAGAGAUGUAAACGAAUAUCAUAAGCUAAGUAAGAUAAAUGAAGGCACUUAUGGGGUUGUCUACAAAGCUAAGGACAGGAAGACAGAAGAGAUAGUGGCACUCAAAAUGAUUAAGAUGAACAUGGAAGAUGAAUAUGGAUUCCCGUUGACGUCUUUGAGGGAGAUCAACAUUCUUUUGUCUUGCAAUCACCCAUCGAUUGUGAACGUCAAGGAAGUUGUUGUGGGAAAUGGAGCUAGUGUUUUUAUGGUCAUGGAACACUUAGAACAUGAUUUGAGGGGAGUAAUGGACAGGACGAAACAGCCUUUUAGCACCAGUGAGGUAAAAUGCCUGAUGAUACAGCUGUUGGAGGGUAUUAAAUACCUCCACAGCAACUGGAUUAUCCACAGGGAUUUGAAGCCAUCGAAUCUUCUAUUGAAUAACAGUGGGGAGCUGAAAAUAUGCGAUUUUGGAAUGGCUCGCCAAUAUGGGAGUCCUAUAAAGCCUUACACCCAGUUGGUGGUUACACAGUGGUACAGGUCUCCGGAACUUCUUCUAGGAACAAAAGAGUACUCAACUGCAGUUGAUAUGUGGUCGAUUGGGUGCAUUAUGGCUGAAUUGCUGUCUCUAAAACCACUUUUCCGAGGGAAAAGUCAGAAUGACAUUGACCAGCUUCAACAGAUCUUUGCGGUUCUUGGGACACCAAGCGAGACAAACUGGCCUGGAUUCACGUCGUUGCCGGGAGCAAAAGCCAAGUUUCGUAAGCAACCGUACAAUUUACUGCGUAAGAAAUUUCCUGCUGUAUCUUUUACUGGAGCUCCAAUUCUGUCAGAGUUGGGAUUUGAUUUGUUGAACAGAUUACUGAAUUUUGAUCCAGAGAAGCGCCUAACAGUUGAUGAGGCUCUUAGCCAUGGCUGGUUUGAUGAAGCACCUCUUCAGAAAUCCAAGGAGUUCAUGCCUACAUUUGCUUCAAAACGUAACUGAUAGAUCUAAACUAGUAUUUGAGUAUCUUUGUUACAUUAAUACUUUCUUGUCCUCAUAUUCCUUUGUGUUAUCUUCUUCACGAGGUAAAUACUAAAGGGUUUACCCAAAAAAGUUGGAAGGGGACUUGCCAUCUGUAAGUUAUCUCCACAACAUUUAAAGUUAACUUGUAGCUCUUUUUCUGUUACCCUGUCGUUUAUACUAAGGUUGUUCUCUCUACAAAGAUUAGGCCACGAAUGGCACUGUGGUACGGCUGCAGUCUGAUGACCUUAACCGCAGUGUCACCGGUGAAUGGUAACAUGAUUUCUGAAAGUUCAAAGGCUUAUUGGGUGCGAUGAGCUAUUCUAUAAACUACAGGCUUCCUCUAAACGUAGCAUUCAGGUCUGAUUGUUGUGCCGCAGCAUCAAUAUAUACCCUUACUUUUUUGAUAAUCACAUCUUCUCAUGCCUUUCUCUCUUCUAUGGUUUUUAAUCUUCUUCUCUCAUAUUGUCCAGUCGUUACAAUCAUCAGCGUUUUUAUUCAUCAUCAGUGUUUAUAGUCUUCAUGGCUUCGCCAAUCACCGUUUCUUGUAUUUGGCAGCGUCGCUAACUCUAAACCGCUCUGAUCAGAUGUGUAAUUGUUAUCGUGACUGCAAAUAACGAGUUACACUCUAGUAUAUAUGAAUUGUCGGAUUAGGUGUUCGAUAUGCAUUGUAGGAUUAGGUGUUCGAUAGUGAAUUUUUUGCAAGUAGUGUUGUGUUUAUUCAACCUUUUUAUUCGUGUUCGAAUUUAUUCAAAAUGAGGGUAAUAAUAAUAUUUAUGGCCCCUGGUAUUAACAUG